CAACAGGAAAGGGAGCAGAAAUCUUGUCUGUCAAGAUGGAACCAUGCGACUCCAAUCCGUGCAGCGUGCGACCAAGACAGACAUCAAGGGUUCAUUUCACGAUGAUUCCGCGAGAAUCCAGUCAGCACGUGACGCUUGACAUUCAAAUCCGAAUUCUGGGAAGAGACGUCAAGGCUCCGGGCAUCAAACCCAACGCCUGUGAACAGGUCCUGCCGUGCCCCAUCGUGAGAGGAACGGCGUACAACGGCACGAUUACCAUCCCCAUUCCAUGGAGGGCGAGGCUCUUUGGAUCAACGGUGGCUACACUGAGGCUAAUCGGAGAUAACAGCGAGGUUCUCUGCACAGAAGCUGACCUCAGGAUACAAAGAUAGCAACGAGGACAUAAAAUAAGA